ACAUUUUUCCCAUAGCAGUCACUGACACGGAAGGUGUGUUUAGUUUUUUUUCUCCUGAGUGGGAGGAUUCAGGAUGUCAGCCAAGAUGUGACAGAAGCGAUGGGACACUGAGAGUGUAAAGUAACAAGCAUUGCACGACGGGAACAGUAAAGUUUAUCUAGAGCCAAGAAAAUAAAACAAAUCACGUCAAAUGGCGACACAGUAUUCUGACCUUGAGAAGGCCAUUAACACCUUGGUCACAAACUUCCACAGUGCUUCUCCUGAUAACCGGCCUACGCUUAAGGUAGAUGAGUUCAAGAAUCUCCUCUCCUCCCAGCUGCCAACUUUAGUCAAGGUAAAACCCCUGCUAUUCAUUCCAACAGAUACCAAUGACUCAAAACUGUUAUUACUCACUUCCUGUGAUUGUACUAGUGUAGUUAUAGUUUUCAAGCACUUCUGGAGCCUGAUCCAGAAUUUGGCCACAACCCAGCAUGGUCUGCUGAGCCACGAGAAGUUGUCCAAAUGCACCUGCCUUUUACUAUGAGCCGUGGGCUUCAGCUGCACCUGCCACUAAGACCUGGUCUCUCUGCAUCUCUGCAUUUAUCCAGAACCACUCAUCUCCAAACAAAACACUAACUUUCCUUCCUAAGCAUUCCAAUAAAUAAACACAAUUUGUACAUCAAGAUGUCUUUAUAUACAUUUUUUUUUUAAAUAAUGUGUCAAGCAGUACAGCCAUCAUCUCUCCUCAUAUCAAGUAUCAGGUAAAUCUUAACGUACAGACCAGUUAACUACUUCAUAUACCAUAAUUGAACUGGAGUCCAAUUCGUUUUUCACUUGCAACUGGAUUUACAGCUUCCCAUAAGUGCAUUUAACAAGUGUUUCUAAUAAAAAUAAAAUCUUUCCUUUUUUGUGAUAACACUACAUUUAAGGCUACUGCCAGAAUAGUCUAAAGUAUGUGUAUUUCAAGACAUAGAUAUGUACUGAGUGGUUUAUGCAAACAAAAACAAUAAUAACAAUUUUUAUUUAUAUUUUGUAAUACUGUUUUUUAUGGCCAAAAAUCAAUAACACCCUGAAUUAUUGUCUAAUAAAAUUCAUAUCAAAAA